GAAGCCCGACAAACCCAACGGAGGGGCGACGUCAUCUCGCCCGUUUCAUCAUCACCGCUACUUGGGGCAUCGGAGGGAAGAGAUACUCAGCCAUGGCAUACAACGAGCUGUACCAGUACUCCGUCGUCUCGUCCCUCAUGGAGGGCAUCGGGGAAACGGGGAUCCCGUAUAGCGAGCUUGUCACGCACGGCGACCAUGGGCUAGGCACAUUUCGCCGGAUGACCGGGGAGAUGAUCUGCCUGGACAACGAAGUCUACCAGAUGAAGUCCGAUGGCUCCAUUGUGACGAUUGACCCUUCAAUCGGUAACGAUGUAGCCCCUUUUGCCAUGGUUACGCGCUUUCAACCUUCCGUCACCACGAGCAUUUCGUUCGAUAGCAAGCAAGGUCUUUCCGACAUCAUGACCAAACUGUUCCCAAAGACCAAGAAUCGCUAUGUAUCAUUUCGAUUGGACGGCCUCUUCCAGUCCGUCGCUGUACGAACCGCAGAUGGUCAGAAAUACAAGCACGAGAAGCUCAGAGAGCUACACCAGCGCCAAACGACCUACGAGUUCACCAAUGUUCGAGGGAGUCUCAUUGGGUUCCGAUCGCCAGAGUUUUUGCAAGGAGUUAGUGUGGCGGGCGAUCAUCUGCAUUUCAUUUCUGACGAGAGAGACCGUGGCGGUCAUGUGCUGGACUGCAAGACUGAUGGUGAAGUCCAGUUUGCUGGGUCGAUAAUGAGCACUGUGCAUAUGCAGCUCCCAGAUGAUGAUGAAUAUAACGAAGCAGAUCUUGAGCUCGAUGAUGAUGGGAUACGCAAGGUGGAGGGCUGAGCGCGCUAUUGCUGAUACAAUCACUACACAAUUGUCAAGUGCUGGCCACGAUAUUUUGUUGCGCGUGCAAUGACUUUAUUGUGAAGUAAGAUUAGAUGUGUCGUCUAUUGCCCAUUUCUAUCUCAACGGCCUACCAAUCCAUUAUGGACCAUGUUGAGACGGCCUUUCGGUCCAUCUCCAAGAGCUCAAGCUUUUUGGGCUGGUCAAGAGCCAAAUUGACAACAGAUAUCAUGAG